GAGGACAAAGACAUAUGUAUUAUCAUUGCUGACAGUUUGUGAUUUUGUGUUGAUACACAGUCGCUUUUCACUUACAAUUUUAUAUUCAAAUUAAGCAUUAACAAUUUUAUUUUGGACAUUUUUAAUGUUAAGCAAUUGAGCAUGAAACCCGAUAGCAUGAACAACUUGUCGAAAGAGCCAUGUUCCGGAAACUCAAGCACAGAGAACAAUUCGCACAGCAGUGAUUCUGAUAUGGAGUUUGUUGGGACAAGCGCUAAGGGACUCCGGAAAAGUAAAGAAAAGAACGAACGGAAAAUCUCCGAUCUGGAGCGAAAGUUGGCAGAGGUUGAAAUCCAUUUCAAAGCCGAGAAGGAAAAGGUCAAUUUACUUGAAAGUUGUAUAAAGGAUAAAGAUAACUUUAUUAAGACCUUACAAAUGUCGAUCGAUUUAGUUAACCAAACAAAAGACUUGAGCAUACAGAAAAUGCAAAGUCAAAUCGGGGUGUUGCAAGUCGCUCUUGAUUUGAGCAAGAGUAGUACUUCAAUGAAGGACAACGACGAUAAGGAAAUAUCGGGAUCAGUGGACUCCAACUAUCAACACAAAAAGAAAAACAAUGAGUUAAAUUCGGAUAUUGGAAAAUUGAAAGAGAAGAGCGGUGAACUUGUUGAGUGGAUUGAUAAAACACAGAAAUAUGAAAAUAACCUAAGAGAAAAAGAAGAACAAAUCGCCAGGCUUGAAUUCAAAAUAGACGAAUCGAAACUGAAAAUUAUGAAAUUGGAGGGUGUGGUUCAGGAGAAGGACGACAAACUAGUUGAAAUGGAAAAGAAAUUGGCUGCGUAUACGCUAGAUGCUGAGGACACAACUGAAUCGCACGUAUUUCUUAACUCUUCUAAAGUGCCUUCAAUGAAGUUGGUAACGCUUCCUGAUUUCGAACCCUUUGCAGCAGUUUUUGAAGAUAUUCCUUCAGCCGGUGCUGGUUGGAUGAUCAUUCAACGUAGAGUCGAUGGAAGCUUCGAUGCGGACAUAAUUAAAAAAUUAAUCAACGGUUGUGGAGACUUGGGCGGGGAAUUCUGGCUUGGCCUCGAAAAAUUGCAUAGGAUGACGACAAAUCGAAGAUUCGAAUUGUAUAUCCACCUAGUCGACUUUGACAAUGUUACUGCUUUUGCACGAUAUGAUAACUUCGUUGUUGGAGGCCCAAAAGAUAAUUACAAAUUGAUGUCCCUUGGUGAAUACUCAGGAAAUGCGGGCGAUGCUUUGCGGAGUCAUAUAAACGAAAGAAGCAUUCACGAUCAUACUUUUGGUUUUACUCCCAGUACAAAAUGGUGGGGUAGAAAUGAUUGCAAUUUGAACGGAAAAUACUGCGGAUCUAAAGUUCAGUUGGACACCUGGGAUGGAAUUUGGUGGGGCCGUUGGAAUUUGGGAAACAGAUGUUCUUUGAAAUCGUGUAAAAUGCUAAUCAGGUCAAAACCGUGAAUUUAUAUACUUAUUUUUAGACUAAUAUUUGCAAUGAACAAAUAAAAUGUUUUGUAUGAUAACCAA